UGCUGGCCCGGGCUUCGGGGUCCGUCAUGGCGGCUGCCACGGCGCGUUGGAACCAUGUGUGGGUCGGCACCGAGACCGGCAUCCUCAAAGGGGUGAACCUUCAGCGGAAACAGGCAGCGAACUUCACGGCGGCGGGACAGCCGCGGCGGGAGGAGGCGGUGAGCGCCCUGUGCUGGGGCGCGGGCGGCGAGGCCCGGGACAUCAAUAGCCUCAACAAACAAAUUGCUCAGCUUCAAGACUUCGUAAGAGCCAAGGGCAGCCAGAGUGGCCGGCAUCUACAGACCCAUUCCAACACCAUUGUGGUCUCUUUGCAGGUCCGUGUAUAUGAUCCAGCCUCCCCCCAGCGCAGGCCAGUCCUAGAGAGCACCUAUGGCGAGUAUCCACUGACUGCCAUGACCCUCACUCCUGAGGGCAAUUCUGUCAUUGUUGGAAACACUCAUGGGCAGCUGGCGGAAAUUGAUUUUCGGCAAGGGCGCCUACUGGGCUGUCUGAAGGGGCUGGCAGGCAGUGUCCGAGGGCUGCAGUGCCACCCUUCAAAGCCCUUACUAGCCUCCUGUGGCUUGGACAGAGUCUUGAGGAUACAUAGGAUCCGGAAUCCACGUGGCUUGGAGCAUAAGAUUUAUCUCAAGUCUCGACUGAACUGCCUCCUCCUGUCAGGCAGAGAUAACUGGGAGGAUGAGCCACAAGAACAAGAGCCCGAUAAGACACCCAUAGAAGACACAGAGACCGAUGAACUUUGGGCCUCCUUGGAGGCAGCAGCCAAGCGGAAGCUUACUGGUUUGGACCCGACUCAUGGGGCUCAUCAAACCAAGAGGAAAAAGAAACGGCCUGGGUCCACCAGCUCUUGAAGACCCUGUGCCCACUAUGUAAAUAAACA